AUGAGUUUCAUUAACUUAGAAUAACUUGAUCAAGAAAACUCACUAAUAGACUAUCAUAACACACUUAAUGAAACACUUGAUUCCCUAGCAAAUACUAUUCAAGACCUUCGAAAUCCAUAAAUCUGUUUUGUAACUACAUUAUCUACAUUAGGUUUCAGACACAAAUAUUGCAUAGCUCUACUUGUAAUAGAUAUGUGAAAAAUUUCCAUAAGCGAUAACAUUCAUAUUACCAGUAGGAGAAGGAGCUAAAAAUUUACAUUUUGCAAAUGAAGUGGCAGAAUACUUAUUUAGCAAAAGAUUUUGUAGAUAAGAUUUAGUGAUCGCAGUCGGAGGAGGAGUUGUGACUGACUUGGUUGGAUUCGUGUCCAGCAUAUAUAUGAGAGGGUUUGGUAUAUUUAACUAUUCAACAGAAUAAAAUUCAUUUUGAUUCCCACAUCGUUGUUGGGAAUGGCAGAUGCUAGUGUAGGAGGAAAGACAGGUAUCAACAACAUCUACGGUAAAAAUCAACUAGGAGUAAUAAAUGAUCCAUAUAGAAUCAAAGUGUGCAGUUAAUUUUUGUAAUCAUUAGAUAAAAGAAAUUUUCUAAAUGGUUUGGCAGAAAUCAUUAAAAUAGCAGCUUGUUUUGAUAGAAAAUUAUUUGAGAGAUUAGAAUGUUAUGAUUAUAAUUAUUUAAUGGAUCCAAAUAACUAAGCUAGUUUAUUAGAUAUUAUUAAAUAUGGAAUUAAUUUAAAGUUAAGUAUUGUAACUGAAGACAAAUAUGAACAAAAUAUUCGAAAAAUAUUAAAUUAUGGUCACACCAUAGGUCAUGCAGUUGAAUUUGCAAGUCAAGGUAAAUUAUUGCAUGGAGAAUGUGUAUCUAUUGGUAUGGUUUUGGCAAAUAUAUUGGCUAAAGAACAUGGAAUAGAUACAUCAUCAUAUGAAAAUAGAAUUAGGAAUGUACUUUUAAAAUAUGAAUUACCUAUUGAAAUACCAGAAUAUGUAAAUAUACAAGAUGUUUUAAAAUAUUUAUAAUUUGAUAAAAAAGUAGUCAAACAUGAAAUCAACUUUGUAUUUAUUUAAGAAAUUGGUAAACAUAAAUUUAACACUACUCCUAUUAAAAUGGAUAUUAUUAAAAAAAUACUUGUAAAAUCUUGUGUAAUAGUAUGUUAAGACAUAAGACCAAGCAAACCAAUACAUGGUUCUAAAAGUAUUACUAAUAGAGUCCUUUUAUUAAGUUCCUUAUCAGAAGGAAUAAGUACAUUAGGUAAUUUUUAUGAUUCAGAUGAUACAAAAGCUAUGUUAAAUUCUUUAUAAGAUUUAAGAUUAUGUGAAAUAUAAACACACUCAAAACAUAAUCUCAUUCUAGAAGGAUGUUAAGGCUAAUUUUAUAAGAAGGAAUACACAAUAAAUGUCAAGGAAAGUGGAACUUGUGCCAGAUUUCUACUCCCUAUUGCAGCCUUAAUUGGAAAUGUUACUAUCAUUGGAGCAUAAAGAAUUUAUGAAAGACCAAUUUAAGAGAUGGUAGAAGCACUUAAUUUAAAUGUUGUAUAUUUAUAAAAGGAAGGAUAAUUACCUUUUAAAGUAAUUGAUGGUCAAUUUAAUAAACAUAUUAAAAUUAAAUCUCAAUUAAGUAGUCAAUUUGUUUCUGGAAUUUUAAUGUCUGCUCCUUAUUUUCCAAACGAUGAAACAUUAAUCGAAAUUAUAGAUUGUAAUGAAAAUGAAACCAUUGUUAGUGAAUCCUAUAUUGAAAUGACUAUAUAACUUAUGAAUAUUUAUGGAGUAAAGGUUGAAAGAAUCUCUAAGACUAAAUUUUUAGUAAGGAAAGGAGUUUAUAAAGCAUAAAACUAUGAUAUCGAGCCAGAUGCUACAGCAUUGAGUUAUGAUUUAUUACAUAUAGGAUUAAAUGGUGGAUCGAUUGAAACCAAAAAGAUAUCCAAGUUAUAGGGAGAUGCAUAAUUUUUGGAUGUCAUAGAGUAGAUGGGUAUGUAAGUAGUGAGAGAAUAAGGAUUUUACAAAAUAAUCAAGAAUUAAGACUUAAAACCUUAAGAUGUGAAUUGCAUUAAUUUUAGUGAUACUUUUAUUUCUUUAGCAUUGUUAAUGUCUUCUAUUGAAGGUUAAUGUAUUAUUAAAGGAAUUGAAAAUUAAAGAGUUAAAGAAUGUGAUCGAAUUAAGGCUGUGACUGAAAAUUUAAUAAAGGUUGGAGUAGUUUGUUUAUAAUAAAAUAAUGAAAUUUUAGUCAGAGGCAAAAAAUAUCAAAAAUAUAAUGGUUAUAGAAAAGAUGUUAUAAUCAAUACAUAUAAUGACCAUAGAAUUGCAAUGGCAUUUAGUAUUUUGGGAGGACAUUUUGAGAAAGUGCAAUAUUAAUAUAGAAUCAUAAUAGAUAAUAAAGAUUGUGUAAGGAAGACAUUUCCAGAUUUUUAUAAUCAUAUACAAAGUUUAGGUUUAUAAUAAUAAGCAUUAACUUAUAAUUAAGAACAAGAAUUCUUAUACAAUUAUUAAUAUUAUAAGGAACCCUUGUAUAUAAUAGGUAUGAGAGGAGCAGGUAAAAGUACUCUAUCUUAAUAUAUAUGCAAGCAAUUAGGUUUUGAAUAUAUUAGCAUUGAUAAUUUGAUAUCCAAUAAUAUAAAUGAAUUUGUCACAAAGUAUGGAUGGGAAUAAUUUAGAAAAUGUGAGAAGGAAUAAUUUAUAUAGAUAUUAUUAAAAUAUUAAAAGAAUGUAGUGGUUGAUUGUGGAGGUGGAAUCAUAGAGGAUGAAUAAAUAUAGUAAUUAUUGAUUGGUAAAAAUGUAAUAUGGAUUGAAAAGGAUAUAAAUGAAUUGAUUGAAGAUUUAUAAUCAUAAAAUAGACCACAAAUUGGAAAUGUUAUGGAGAUUUAUAAUAGAAGAAAAUCAAUAUAUUAGAGGGUCAGUAAAUAUAUUUUUACAUUGCCAAGCAGAAAAUAUAUUUAACAAAUUACAUCUAAUUAUGAUAUUACAAGAUAUUAUUAAAGAAUAAAUGAACUUUAUUUACAUUUUAUAAAGUGCAUUUAACAUUUGAAUUUUCCUAGAAACAAAAUAUAUGUUUCUGAUACUAAUUUUGCAUGCAUAUUUUAUGAGGAAUUAACAAUUUUAGAUCAUUAAAAGAUACAUUUCAUUAAUAGAAAUCAUAAUUUAUUAGAAGUAAGAAUGGACAAGAUUGAAAACAUCUAAGAAUAAUUUGAUUAAAUCAGACAAUAAAUUUACAACAUCAAAUUUUAUCUUGAUAUUCCAAUAAUAUUUACUUUGAGAACUAAAUCAUAGGGAGGAUUUUAUAAUGGAACAUAAUAUAUUAAAAUAAUCGAAUAAUGGUAAAAUAGUUUUAUCGGAGAUUAUUUUGAUAUAGAAAUGGAUUAAUUUAAUAAUGUAAUGAUUUCACAAAAUUAUAAUAAUUCUAUCAUUUUGUCAUAACAUUUAUUUGAAAAAACAGAAAAAUUGUAGAUUAUUGAAUUCAUAGAUAGAAUGAAAUACAUUUCAGAACACAAUCCUAAUACAAUAUGUUUGUUGAAAUUGGCAAUUCAUUAAGAUGCUUAUCCAUCAGAAUUAACAUAUUAGGAAAUUUCUAAAUUAUUCAUGGGAAUGAAAUUUGUUAUACCAUAUUUAGUUGUUUCUAUGGGACCAAAUUCACAAUUAUACAGAACUUUAAAUAAAUUUAUGGUUCCCUUAUCUUGUUUAACACCUACAGCAGUUGGUUAAUGUACUAUACAGUAAUUGAGAUCAAUUAGAAGUUUAGCAAAUUUUGAGAUUACUUAAAAUUAUCAUAUAUUUGGUGAUGAUUUAUCAUUAUCAAGGAGCGAUUUACUUCAUUAAAAAUAGUUUGAUUAGCUUAAUUAGCAACAUAAUAAAUUUUAUACUAAAGUCUCAAUUAAAAAAAUUGAAUAAGCAAAACCAUAUAUUAAUAAUAUCAAUUUUCAAGGUGCCUCAAUUACAAUGCCAUUUAAGGAGGAAGUAAGAUUAAUUUUUAUUUUUAGGUAUAAUAAUACUUGACAGAAUAAUCAAUAGAGGCUUAAAUAAUUGGAGCUGUGAAUUGUAUCAUAAAAUAUGAAAAUCAAUUAAUUGGAUUUAAUACAGAUUGGUGGGGGAUGUUUUGGCCUAUAUUUACUAGAUUUCCUAAGAAUAUGUAAAAAUGUUUAAUUUUGGGAAAUGGAGGUACAGCAAAGACUGCUAUUUUUGUGGCUUCAAAAUUAUUUUUAUUAUAAGUCUAUUUAUAUGGAAGAAAUCCUUAGAAAGUUGAAGCUUUGGCAAAAUAAUAUAAGGUGGAUUUCAUGAGACAGUCUGAAAAGACUCAUAAAUUUGAUUUGAUCAUUUCAACUAUACCUCCUGGGGCCGAGUUGCCUUUGUGUGAGGAGUGGUUUGAUGAAAAAACAAUUGUAUUUGUGGCUAAUUAAGGUGAUGAUCCUUUAUUGAAGAAGCAAAAUUCAAUAAGCGGUAGGGAAAUGUUUGAAGCAUAAGCAAUUGGGCAAGUACAUCUGUUCAAUGGGAAGUGA